UACACAGCACGCACUCUUCACCAGUGCUCUUUGUCCAAGGACUUCAAAGAUGUUCUGCAUCUCUUUAUUUUUGCUUUUCUUUUUCAAUGCAACUCUGAGCAUAAAAAUCUGCUCCUUCAAUGUGAGGUCUUUCGGAGAAGCAAAAAGGGCCAGACCUGAAGUCUUAGAUGUUAUUGUAAAGGUUAUUUCUCGCUGUGACAUCAUGCUACUGAUGGAAAUAAAGGACAACAGCAACAAGAUAUGCCCUCUUUUAAUAGAAAAUCUCAAUGGUCAGUACCAAGAAGAAUAUGACUACGUGAUCAGUAAAAGGUUAGGAAGAAAGUCCUAUAAGGAACAAUAUGCUUUUAUCUAUAGAUCAAAUGUGGUGUCAGUGAAGCAAACCUAUCAGUAUCCAGAUAUUCAGCCUGGAGAUGUAGAUGCUUUUUCUAGAGAACCCUUUGUUGUCUGGUUCAAGUCUCCAAAAACUGUUGUUAAAGAAUUUGUGAUAAUCCCUCAACACACCACACCUGAAACAGCUGUGCGGGAAAUUGAUGAGCUCUACGAUGUGUAUUUAGACGUCAAACAGCGCUGGAAAUCUAAGAACUUCAUCUUCAUGGGGGACUUCAAUGCUGACUGUGGUUAUGUUCCAAAGAAGCACUGGAAGAACAUUAGGCUGAGAACUCACUCUGAGUUUGUGUGGCUAAUUGGCGACAAAAAUGACACAACAGUUAGGAACAGCACAAACUGUGCAUAUGACAGAAUUGUGAUCCACGGUGAAAAGCUCAUCAGCGCUGUUGUCCCAAACUCAGCUGAUAUCAUUGAUUUUCAAAAGGCCUUUGGAAUGACUGAAGAGCAGGCUCUGGAAGUUAGUGAUCACUUUCCAGUAGUGUUUGAGCUUAAAACUACCCAGAGUUUCCUCAACGGACCAAGAUCACUUGCUGCAAAGAAAAGAAAAACAAGAACUCUCCACCAUUUGUCGUCCUAGGCACCUUGGAUUCUCUUGCUAUCAUCCUUUGUGUGUACAUUAAAAUAGUAAAAAAACACACCCCAAACAUUCCCUUUAAAACAAUAGAUAAUGUUUAAAACUUAGCCUAGUUGUACUCUCUCCUUUAGUAGAAAAAACAAUACUUUGUUUAAUUGUGAAAUAUUAUCUAGGAAGAUGAAUUAAGUCUGUAGAUUAUUAUAAAGUAACUAAAAAUAAAUCAGCUAAAAUUAA